ACAGUAUGAGCUCCUUUUCAGGCAGAGAGAAAGCAACCUCUGGGGUCGUCCUUGCAGUAACAGCUGAGCCAUAGGGUCAUAGAAUGGGUUGGAAGGGACCUCAAAGCCCAUCCAGUUCCAACCCCUGCCAUGGGCAGGGACACCUCCCACGGGAUCAAAGCCUCAUCCAACCUGGCCUUGCACGAAGCAGUCUCCCCAGGACUCAGUCAUGGGCUUCUGUUGCAAGCCUAGCUGCUUUAAAACAUUGUCUGCACAGCCGUGCUAGCAGAAAGGUAAGAAACAAGGCAAAACUACUGAAGUCAGAGCUCGAUCUAGAAAACAGAGAAUCCCAUCAAGUGACCUGCAGUCAAGGACAGCUGAGGCCACUAUCUCACCUUCUUGGAGCUGGGUUGGGUUGGCUCUUGCUGAUGUCCAUUCUGGGACUACUUAUUGCUCUAAGGGGAAUGAAGCAGGCUCCUAGUGCUGUGGGGUACAGGAGAGGUGAGGGGAGUCUUUUGUAACAACCUAGACAAGCGUAGAAACUCCCUGUGCAACGACUCGGAGCCUCAGUCAGAAAUUCGUUUUACAUACCCAUCUUGUUGUGAGUUUUGUAGCUGUAAGAGCGAGAGGGCAAGGAUCCAAUGCAAAUCCCUAUAGUUCAGCUAACGAGCAGGAACUGGCACUGAUACAGAUGCCACCCACAGGUUCAAACUGACAGUGGUUUUGCUCUCAGCCACUGUUUACGAAAUAAGGUGUUGUAGAUCACUGUUGCAUGGGUGAAUUCUCAUUUUCUAAAGACCAAACAGUUGUGUCCUGAGCUUUUUCUUCUAGCAAACCUUUCAGGUGCUGGCUGAAAAUCUCAAGCAGUCAUUUAGAGCACUUGAAACUGGUAAGUGAAAAUUUCACUGACCAGAGCUGCCAGAAAAGUAGAUUUGGUAAAGAGAAACCUCAUGGCAGAUAGGCUUAUCCAGAGCCUGGACACACAAUCAGUGGCUGAAUCCCACGCUGCUCUUGGUGCUCACACCAGAGAGCUCAAAAUUAAUCCCUGAAUACGCCUGGCGCAUAGUAAUCCUGCCUUUGACUGGGGAGACUGACAGGCUUGGUCUUUCAACUGCAUCGUUGCAGGAAUUUAUACGGGAAAUAAUUCCACAGUGACGGAUAUUCCCAAAUGACAUGGUUGCUUAGAGGGUUGUUUGCUUUCUUUUUGACUGCUCUGUCACUGGAACUCAUUAAAACUGCAUUUUAUCUUUUUUUUUCUUUUCUCUUGUUUACAUUCAUUACUGAUUUUCAAUAGAUUUGAGAGAGUGCGUCUAUAACAUUGGCUACAUCCUCCUGUUAUUUACUAAAGCUUUAAACAAAAGCUAAAGAGGAGGCUGUCCUUGGACAGGAUAUCCUGGUGUGUGUUGAUCUUGAGGAAUUCAUUGCUUGGAUAUAAGAUUGUACUACACAUGUAUUAACGUAGCACAGAUGCUAUCAGUGAACCUGGCGAUAAAUUUAUGUCCUAUUCAAAUGCAGAGCCAUGUUCGAAAGAGCUCCUUGCAAGGAAUGAUUUACUGAAACACUGGCUGGGUGACUGCAGGGAUUGACCUGAAACUCAGGCUGAAGGAUGUAACACUGAGGCAAAGUCUGUGGGCUGAACGGCCUGUGCUGUUCUUCCAGUAUGUUUUCUAUUUCCGAGCCUACUCAGUGCUCGCCCUGUGCAGCCGAGAAACCAAAAUGCCUGCGGGAUCUGCCUGGUGUCCGCCUGCUUUGCUUUUCCUUCUCUCCUCUGCGCCUCUGUGGGCAGCUGAGAUUUCCUGUAGGAAUGAAGACGGGGAGACAGUCGAUUGGUUUGCGCUUUACAAGUUGCCAAAACACACCAAAGGAGAGAUUCCCAUGCUGGGGCUGGAAUACAUGUACAUGGAUGCCCUGGCUCCGACGUGGCAGCUCGGUAAAUACCUCAUCAACAUGACACAGGGUGCUCUGGGACAAACACUGGAGCAGCUCUAUGAGACGUUUGAAUCUGAGAAGAACAGCAUUGCAUACGCGAUAUACAACGAUGAAGUCCCCAAGUCAGGCUCCAGCGGGUGGAAAAGAGGACAUACCAAAGGUUUUCUGCUCUUGGACAAAUCCCAAGGCUUCUGGGUGAUUCACAGCGUGCCCCUGUUCCCUCCCAUCCCUGAGGACGGUUAUGGGUAUCCAGCUACUGGGGAGUCCUACGGACAGACGGCUAUCUGCAUAACCUUCACAUACGACCAGUUCACAGAAAUAGACCAACAGAUGCUGAGUUAUAAUCCAGGAGUCUACAGCUGUUCCAUCCCUGACGGCUUCCAAGCUGACCUCCCAAACCUGCAGAAGCUCUGUGCAGGCUCCAGGCUGCCCUCGGCCCCCUUGCGCCACCUCUCCAAGCUCCAGUCAGCUCAGGGGGAAACCUUCCUGCACUUUGCCAAGUCACACUUGUUCAUAGAUGAUAUCUACGCAGCCUGGAUGGCUCAGGAGUUGAAGACCGAUUUGUUGGCUGAAUCCUGGCAGCAUUCCGGCCAAAAACUUCCCUCUAAUUGCUCUCUCGACUACCACGUCUACAACAUAAACCUAAUAGGGAUGCCAUUGAAUUCCACCUUUUAUUCCAUUAAUGAUCAUUCCAAAUGGGCUGUUUCAAUGAAAUACGGUCAGUGGACCUGUGUUGGAGACUUAAACCGUGCUGCUGAGCAAGCUUGGAGAAGUGGUGGGUUUGUCUGUACACAGAACGAACACAUCUAUAAAGCCUUCAGGCAUUUGAUAAUCCACUACGAAAGCUGCACUGACGCUUCCACAUGGAUAUAACAAACAUUCCUCUCAGACAGCCCAGCCCCUCAUUACGUAGAAGGUAUAGGAAAUGUCUCCCUUAAACUAUAUUUUCACUCUG